CUGGACGGCGCAACAGUAGUGUUAGAAAGAGAAGGACUACUCUCUCAGGAUAGAAGCUCCAAUGAAGAGUUUGAUGAUCGCCUUCUGUCUAUCGGACCGUGUAUUACUACUGAUCACCAUGGCACUGAGAUCAAACUUUUGGGUGGCAAGCCAACAGAUGAAGGUAUCAAUAAUUUACUUGAUGAAGAGAAAGAUGUAGAACUGUACACAGGGCAGAUAAUUGAGGCUGUCACACAGGACUUACUAACAAGUGAGACUUCUUCCAGUACUGAAACAUCAAAGGAGAGGGUGUUUUCUGAAUGUGACCCUAAAAUUACAUGCAAAGAAACUGCUUCAGGAACGCACCUAGAUUGUGCUCAUCCUAGGAAAUCAGUGGAUCGUAUCUUGCAGGAUAAUAAACUGCAUAGUGUUAACACACCUAGGGAACUAUUACCCAGAAACACUCCACAACUGGCUAAUUCUGUUGCUUCCGUCUUGUAUCACAACAUGUUUGACAGUGAAUCCUCCAGACAAUCCACACAUUACUCCAGCUCUCAGAUCAGCUGUGAUGUUAGUUUGUGUGAGACCACCACGGAACAGGAACUGAAAGAAUUUACACAGCCCUUGUCAGGGUCUGUCAUAAAUCUCCUCAAAGACAUGUUUGGAGAGAAAGCCCAGACUCUGAAAACGACCAAGGACCCAAUCCAGCUCAUCACAAACCCAACUUCAGAGACACUCUUCUUUAUGCCCCACGUCAACAAUAAAGACACAGUUGUGCACAAAAUUGCCAUUGAAGACCUGUGUGCAAUGGAUGCCAUGAAGAAUAUGAUUCCUCCUAACGACUCAAAGAGGGUUAAGACCCCAUCCGCCCCUAGGACCAAAAGUGAGAGAUUCUCUCGGCCCUCAAGUCCAACUCAUAACCUCUUACUGGCAGUUGUAGAAAAACUGGUCAAGAAAAUGACUGUUCACAGUCUCAGCAUCCCAGAGGCUUCCAAUGAGGCUGCCUGCAAACAGUUAUCAUGUUGUUCUCCAAAUGGACCUCUUUCAGAGUUUCAGCAUCAACUGAUUUCUAGGCUCUGCCCUGUGCUUGUGUCUGACAUUAUGGAAUCGCUUUCCAGUGAAAUCGUCAGCCCUGAUGAUUUAGGUGAAUCAGCUUGCCAAUCACCUGUGCAAGUUAUCGAAGAUGGAAUGGUAAGGUCUGGAAACGCAAGUGCCGACGUCUCAAAUCAUUGUGUUCAAGAGGACACCUGUGUCCAAGAGGGCAACGGUAUAGCCAGUGAGAGAGUGACCGAUGAAUCUGUUGAUAUUCUGGAAAGGGCUGUGUAUGACAUUGAGUCUGCGAUGACUGAUGCUGCAAAACAGUCUUGCUCUAGCCUUCCAUCCAAAACAGAUGUCGUCGUAGACGUCAUCACUAAGCUGAUCUCUGAUAUUGAGUCUGGCAGUAACUCACCGACACAUCUCACGAACAUGGCAGUUGACAUGGUGGUAACGGUGUUGGAUGAUCUAUCAGAGGAUACUAAAAUGAUUUCAAUUCCAGCAUCUCCUGACCACUUUCAUUCUCAAGUGAAAUACACCAGGCCCCCAAGUUGUAGGAUCGUAAGCAGUGUUCGCAAGGAGCUUGAGGAACAGAUUGGUUCCGCUGAUUCCCUCAAGCGAGCUCUAAACUCUGAAAGCACAGAAGUCACCAAGGCCAUCUCGAGUGCCGUUGCAAGGGAAGUCUCUACACUCCUUUCAGAAUCAGUAGCUCGUCACAUAGCCUUUACUUCCAGCUCUGACUCUCUGUUAAGCGCACCUGCUACGACCUUGGCACCUGCCGUGCGACCACUAACUGCUGUCAUCAGACCUGACGUCCCUAACGACCCUGACUGUUUGGCUAAUCCCUACCACAGAUGUGCAUCUUCCAUGGAUACCAAGCCUUUAAUGAUGAUGGUGCACCUUGGGACAGUCAAGGAUAUUGUCAGCAGACUCCUGUUACACCUGUUACCGAUGGGUUUAAAGGACUUUAACCUGGCUGACUGCAGCCUCUUUGACACCAUCUUCUCUGAACUUUCUUCCAGUCUCUUUUUGAGUGUUUCCAGGAACAAACAGAAGGCCACUGUUUGCCUGGACUCUGUUGAGGUCUGUCAGGUUGUCCUCAUGGUCUAUAAACAGUUAAUCAAAAUGUAUGGUUCUCCAGAACAUCUUGAGAGCCUGACAUUUGCAAAGUGCCCCGAGUUUUAUUCCUGCAUUUCAAAACUCAUUGUGGAAGGCAUCUUAAAGUCACCCCCGAGGCAGCCCUCUGGAAUGAAGGAAACCAGAGCAGUGUGCUCCUCAAAUGCGACUGUCUCCACUGAUGUUCCCAGGACACCAAAGGAGCAAACAGAGUGUGGAAGGAAACAGCAGACCAAGAUGAUGGCAACCAUUCAAGCAGAGGUAGACGGUUUUUCUAUGUAAGGAAUAUAUAUAUUACCCAGGUAUGCUCUCCAGUAUCUAUUGGGGAUGGUACCAUUUCUCUAUAGGUCACAGAUAUUGCAUUUUUGUAUUUACAAGCCAUAGAAUGCCACACCAAUGAAUACUCCUCAACCAUCACAGAGGAUUUUGUUUUGGGAUCUGCUAUGGGUGAGUGAUUUUCUUUGUUAAAAAGUCUUGGUAGUAACCAUUUUAAAAAUCUUCCAGGGCUGGAUCAGUAAUGGCAGUAUGGAAUAGCUGAGAUUCAUAUGCUUGUGAUGAAUGGAUAGUUAUUAGUAGAGCAAAAAACUCUCUAAAGCCCACAAAUAUAAUUGUGUCUUUUGAUCACCAGGCAAAGACAAGAUACCCAAGAAGAAGGGCAGAGUUGGCCGUUUCUAUCAUCACAUAUUCAAGGGGGUUAGACGCAGCUUCACAAGCUGCACUUCAUCCAGAGCAGUAAUGGAUUAGUUUCUUUUAUUCUAUUUUUAUUUGUUUUAUUUUUAUUUUGUUUCAUUAUUUUUUACUUAACCUUACUGAAAGGAAACUCAAAAGGUCCACAAGAUUUACAUUUAAUUUACAUUAAUGCCACGACCUCCAGUGCAUUGUCCAUGCACAAACAUAACAAACCUGUUUUAUUUGAGAAGUGGUCUUCAAUUAAGUUCUGCUCACCAGCCAGCUCAAACAAACUUUUAAUGAUUUAAACCACUGCCCCAUUCAAUGUUCAAAUAUAUAAGAAUUUCCAUGAUAUAAAUAAGCUUCUUAUAUUGUCAUAUAAAUUAUGAAUUGAAAUUUAAAAAGCAGUUUUGGGUGAGCUCCCUGCAGUCAUUUGCAGGUUUGAGCCCCUCAUCUCUUUCUUUUCAGAUGAUUAAACUUCAUCAUUCAAAAACGUCAUGAAACACAUUCCCAACCUCCCCACAAAUGAUCUGAAAUAUAGUACUGUGGGUAGUAUAAGUAUAAAGAUUAAGUAAAAUGGACUGAAAAUAAAAGGAAAUACACAAUGUAUAUUUUUGGGUGAGCUCCCUGCAGUCAUUGGCAGGUUUGAGCUCCUCAUCUCUUUACCUGGAAAUAUACCAAGCAAAUGCAAGGACUACUUUGGUACAAACUGGACUAAAUGACCUCUUAGCAUUUCAUUUUGGAUUUUGGGAUUUAUAUGAUUGGAAUAUUAGAAGCAGUUGUGAAUUAGCUCCCUGCAUAGUUUGCUGGUCAGAGCUCCUC